CCGCGACAAGCAGAUUGUCCUAGCGUGCGUGCCUUACGACGUUAGUCUAGCGACAUCUCUGCAUCGAAACGCUUCUCUUCUCUAAAAAUUAACGUUUCGCGGCGACGAACCACAACGUGAGGGUGGAGUCGUCGGGGCACUCCUAUUAUAUCAGAAAGUUUAUGAGCAGAUACAAGCGAAAGCCUCCGUAACGGGCAUUCCUCCGGAGCAGCUUGUACACAUGACCAUUCGAUCGAUCCUUCACGGAAUCCGCGUGGCGACUCAAGCGACCACGACGGACGGCUCCAUUCACCCUAUUGCUCACUUUUCAUUUUCUCCACGAAGACACAGUCCGACCAAUUCGAUCUCGAGCGACAAUGGUCUUCUCAAGUAUUCGUGUUGCUGUGGCGAUGGCUACACUCGCGGUCGCAGCGGAUGCAACGGGUGUGUGCUACGCUCCGUGGCACCACACGUCCGUCGAUGACACUGUCGUCGGAGCGGAUAUGACCGAGAUCGCUCAGUAUUUCUCGAGCGUCCGCACGUACCAGGCCCAAUUCAGCGGCGUCAACGCCAUUCAAGCCGCGGCCGCAGCGGGACUUAAAGUUGCAGUCGGUGUACAGCUUACAGACGCCUCGGCAAUCGACGCCGAGAUCGACGCUGUGUGCCAAGGCUACGCGUCCAACCCGGACGCGAUUGAAGCGGUCUAUGUAGGUAACGAAAACCUCAAAAACGGCGACUUUGGCACGUUCACUGCGGAUGAAUUAGUGAUCUACAUCAACCAGCUUAAGACUUGUGUGGGUAAUACUCCUGUUGGUUCGGUACAGCGUAUUAACGAGUGGCUCACUGCUGACGGAGCGUCAACGCUAGCGGCGGCGUCGGACGUCGUUGGAGUCAACAUCUACCCGUUCUUCACUGUCAGCGACCAGACUGCAGUUGAAAAGCUGGAGGCUCAAUGGACCCAGAUGACGAGCAUGUAUGACUCGAGCAAACUCCAUCUAACGGAGACUGGCUGGCCGUCCAGCGGCGAGAACUAUCAGAGCAAUGCACCGUCCAUUGAGACGAUGCAGCAGUUCUUGAACGACUACGUCACGUGGUCCAAGAGUGUAGGAUCGUCGUACUGGUUCAUGAUGUACGAUACGACCGUCAGCUACACGGGAGCGGAGUACGAGAAGCAUUUCGGUCUGUUCACCUCGGACGGCACGCAGAAGGUCACGAUCCCCGGUAGUGAUAGCACCACACUUCAGACCACCUCGACUUCCUCGUCCGGGUUGGAUUCGACAGCUCAGGACACCACGGAUGCUCCUGUGACCUCAACGACAGCCCCGGUUACCUCUGAUUUCUCGAUAAUAACUCCGACAACUACCUCUGCUGCAAUUGAUACACCUACAACGACUGCCCCUGUUGCCACUGAUGCUACUACCACAGCUCCGUCGACAGCAAUUGAUACCGCAGCUGAGGCAACCUCUCUGAACACUGAUGCCCCAACUACAGCCCCGACGACUGCUAUUACCGAAACGUACGCUCCUUCUUUGGAAGGCUCGACUCAGUCUGAGGCUGAGGCUGCUCCAGCUGCAACCACGGUCGUUCCUACUAGUGGCAAGUGUAAGGUCUCCCUCCGCAAACGCUAUUAGCUAGACGAACUACAUCCAAGUAGAGUACAUUACUGUGUGUUAAAGCUCGUCCCUAUACAUGCUGUUCAUAAAUUUGUGCUUUAAAGCUCAGUAGUUAAGGCUGAAUGAAGGAUAAUGUUGCCAAACC